CUUCAGUUUGAGAUUGAAAUAAAUAUUUUUAUUUGGUUACAAUUUGUAUUUAUUUCUAAGCAAAUACCUACUAAUUUAUGAAGAACUAACAAUUAUUAAAUUAAAACUAAAAUGUCCAUAGAAAUUGAAUCAGCUGAUGUGAUUCGUCUCAUUCAACAAUACUUGAAAGAAUCUAAUUUAUUCAGGACUUUAAAUACGUUACAAGAAGAAACAGGUGUAACGCUUAACACUGUAGAUAGCGUAGACGGAUUUUGUGCAGACAUUAACAAUGGUCACUGGGACACGGUCCUUAAGGCCAUACAAUCUUUAAAAUUACCUGAUAAAAAGCUUAUUGAUUUAUAUGAGCAAAUUGUUUUAGAGUUGAUCGAACUGAGGGAACUAGGAGCAGCUCGGUCUUUGUUGAGACAAACUGAUCCCAUGAUCAUGUUGAAACAGAACGAGCCUGAAAGAUAUAUUCAUUUAGAGAAUCUAUUGGCAAGAUCCUACUUUGAUCCGCGGGAAGCCUACCCAGACGGCAGUAGCAAAGAAAAACGACGUGCCGCCAUCGCGCACGCUCUAUCAGGUGAAGUAUCUGUAGUACCUUCGUCUCGUUUGUUGGCUCUUCUGGGCCAGGCUUUGAAAUGGCAACAGCAUCAGGGUCUGCUUCCUCCCGGCACCAUUAUCGAUUUGUUUAGAGGCAAAGCGGCGGUACGAGAACAAGAAGAUGAAACUUUUCCAACACAAAUGGCCAAACAGAUCAAGUUCGGACAGAAAUCGCACGUGGAAUGUGCUAGGUUUUCGCCCGAUGGGCAGUAUUUGAUUACGGGAAGCGUUGAUGGUAUUAUUGAAGUGUGGAAUUUUACUACUGGUAAAAUUAGGAAAGAUCUGAAGUAUCAAGCGCAGGAUAAUUUUAUGAUGAUGGAGCACGCGGUGCUGUGUAUGGCGUUUUCAAAGGAUAGCGAAAUGUUGGUGUCUGGUUCGCAAGCAGGUAGAAUCAAAGUGUGGAGAAUAAGUUCCGGUCAGUGUUUAAGGAAAGUGGAAAAAGCGCAUUCCAAGGGUAUAACUUGCUUGCAAUUUUCAAGGGACAACAGUCAAGUUCUGAGUGCUUCUUUCGAUCACACGAUCAGAAUUCAUGGUUUAAAGUCUGGAAAAACGUUGAAAGAAUUUAGAGGGCACACAUCUUUUGUAAACGAAGUUAUAUUUACCCAAGAUGGACAUAAUGUUUUAAGCGCAUCUUCUGAUGGUACAGUGAAAGUUUGGAGCAUCAAAACGACUGAAUGUACGAAUACGUUCAAAUCUCUCGGAGCUAAUGAUACUACUGUUAAUAAUAUUCACAAUUUUGCCAAAAAUCCAGAACAUUUUGUCGUUUGUAAUCGGACUAAUACAGUUGUCAUUAUUAAUUUACAGGGACAGAUCGUAAGAUCAUUUGCGAGUGGUAAACGUGAAGGAGGUGAUUUUGUAUGUUCGACUGUAUCUCCCAGAGGUGAUUGGAUCUAUUGCGUAGGCGAGGACAUGGUUUUGUACUGUUUUUCUACAAAUUCUGGAAAAUUAGAACGAACCUUAAAUAUACAUGAAAAAGAUGUAAUCGGUAUUUCACAUCAUCCACAUCAGAAUUUACUUUGUUCGUACAGCGAAGAUGGACUUGUCAGACUUUGGAAAGCUUAAUUUUCUUUAAUUUUAAUUCUUAAUGUGUAAGUUUCUAGUAUUAAAUGAAUAAAAAAAACUUGUUUUUUCUGAUUACAUAAACAAUAAGGCGCUAAUUCCAAAGGGGAAAAAAAAAACAACACUUUUUUGUAACAUUUGAAGAUUUAAUAUCUGUAAUGUUUCAACAAAUGCUAUGUCUAAUAGCGGACUCUAAAAUAAUAAAACUAAAAAUCUUUGUUAUAUACAUUAAUAGCGUUUCAUUGAACAAUAACACUGUACAGAAAAAUUAUAUGAAAUGCUUUCUAAGAUCACACACAUUUAUGUCGUGUUCCAGUCUAUUUCGAGAACGUCAACUAUAUCGUUCCGUGACAAAAAUUGACUCGUCUAAAUUUAACAAUGUAGGAUUAAGUUCAAAUUCUAGUUUAGGCGGUAAAAUAUUUUUUUCCAUUGAAACACGUCGAUUUUAAGCCAAAAAUGGUAGUAUACAAAAUUAAAGGUCCAAUAUUUUAGGCGCUAUCAACGUGGGUCAAUGUAAAAAAAAAAUCGAUUUUUUUUUCGAUCUGCCUCAGGGUGUAUACUAUAAAAUUCGAAUUAUAAAGCAAUACAGUCAACGGACUCUCGGCAAUAAAGCUACAAGUCUAAAAAUUCAAUAAGUGAGAAUACAUGGCAACAAAAUUAUAUGCAAAUUUUCAAGUUUACAAUACCAUCAUUAACCUCACUUAAAGGUGUCAUUUUUUUAUUUAUUUUUUUGCUUUUUUAAUCCUACAUUUAGGGAAAUUUCUGUAAGCAAUCGUUUCUCUUUUUUGCGAAAUUAGAAUUAAAUAUCGUUCACUGGAACCUAUAAUCUACGAGCCAGCGGUAUAAAAACGUAUUACUUACAGAAAACUACCCUUAUUACAUUAUAUACAAAAAAAAAUGUCCCAUAUUACUUGUUCACAGGGAAAAUUAUAAAACAGGAAAAAAAAGCGAUAUUUCAUUAAUACAAAUACCUAUCUAUCUGUUUUGUUAUUGUGUUUUCAUUCAUUUCGACAAUGUGAGAUCACAACAGUAUAAUAAUUAUAUUAUAGAAAGGUUUGUUCAGGUUUUUCAAAAAUACGUUGGAAAGAACAAACCCUAAAAUGGGUACGACAAUGAUUCCAGUUCGGCUAUCUUUCUUUUCGGUGAUAAGUGAAGGUUGAUUUGCAGCUUAAAUAUAUAGAAAAGGGUGUUUUAUUUAAAAACUAGAAAGUUGACACAAACUUCCUCUAUUACUGGUCGAGUCACACCUUAAGAGGAAUACCUCAAGACUAGUAUGGAACUACAUCAAAGACUGAUUUAAUUGCAAGUUGUAAAAAAGUAUUUCUCCCCUUUCUACUGACAUAGAUCUUACCGUACCUCAAAAAAUAUAAAUCCAGACAUUGUUUCACCCUGUAUAUCAAAAAUAAAGGAGAGUGGACUUUUUUAAUAGUCAUUUAACAAAAUAUGUAGUUUCUUGCGACUCAACUUAGUUAUACAAAUCGUCUUAAAGAAAUAAAGCAAAAAUGUUUCAAUUUCAUUCUAUCAAUCAUUGCAAAAAAUCAUAAUAAAAAAUAUUUAACGCGUAUUUUUCUUUGUGUAUUUUUUUUAAUCAAUAACAGUAACUACACAAUUAUUCUUAAAUCUUAAAAAAAAUCUAUUCGACCGUGCAUGGGUAUACCUACCAAUAAUAAAAAUAUUUCAUAUUUUUUCCGCAAUUUAUACAGAAAAAAUAUUUUUGCGAUGAAAUAUUUGAUUUCAUAAUGUCAUCAACGCCGAUCGGGGGGAAUGGGGGGUGUCAACAGAAAUAAAAUAUCUUAAAAACAAUAAAUAAAAAGUAAGUCACUAAUGUGUCUUAAAAUCACAUGCUCUACUAGUUCAGGUUACCUGUACUAUAUAUUUUUUUUUUUUUUUAGGAAAAUCAAAUUGGGUCUUAUUUACAUUUACGUCUUAUUCACCCAUAACGAACUACGAUUUAUUGUCGCCAACUGAAAAAAGAAAAAUUAAGUGGUAUUGCGAGAAAAAUAUAGUAUCUUGUACUGAAAUGUAUGGCUUAUCAAAAAAUUACGAAAUACAGUAGGAAAACGCUAAAAUUAAUAUUUAAAGAGAUAUAUAGGGCACUAAAAUAUUUCGUUAACGGUAAAUCUUACAUAAAAAAUAACGAGCCAUCGAGAAAAAAUAUUACUGAGGCCCCCCUACAUAUGGGUCCUCAAUAUUGCACUCAUGUCGACGAAAAAAUGUUUUUAUUCCUACUUUUCUUCAUGUUUCCCAUCAUGCAACAAAAAAUUUUCAUCUAGUCGUCUGUGAGUAUGCCUCCAAGCACGAUAACUCUACAAUGAAAUCCCCGAUCGAC